AUGGUGUACUCGCAGGGCGGUUCUUACGGCGGGCGCAGUGGCGGCUACGGUGGUGGCGUGCAGAAGGCCAAGUCGCGGUUCGGCGGCGGUCGUGGCGGCGGUCGCGGUGGGCGCGGUGGGUUCGGCGGUCGUGGCCGCGGUCGUGGCGGUGGGCGCGGUGGGUUCGGCGGUCGUGGCCGUGGGCGCGGCGGCGGGCGCGGGCGCGGGCGUGGCCGCGGGCGUGGCGGUGGUCGCGGCGGUGGCCGCGGCGGAGCCCGCGGCGGAUCCAAGGUGUACGUGGAGCCGCACCGGCACAAGGGCGUCUUCAUCGCGCGUGGCGGCAAGGAAGACAUGCUUGUGACCAAGAACCUUGUGCCUGGCGAGGAGGUGUACGGUGAGAAGCGGAUUUCGAUCGAGGACGCCGAGGGCGCCAAGACCGAGUACCGCGUGUGGAACCCGUUCCGCUCCAAGAUCGCUUCGGCCAUUCUCUGCGGUGUCGAGAACACGUGGAUCCACCCCGGCGACAAGGUGCUGUACCUGGGCGCCGCCUCGGGCACCACCGUCUCGCACGUCGCUGACGUUGUCGGGCAUGAGGGCUGCGUCUACGCCGUCGAGUUCUCGCAGCGCUCCGGCCGUGACCUCCUCGAGAUGGCCAAGAAGCGGACCAACGUUAUCCCCAUCAUUGCCGAUGCUCGCCACCCGCAGAAGUACCGCAUGCUCGUGGGCAUGGUCGACACCAUCUUUGCCGAUGUCGCUCAGCCCGACCAGGCGCGUAUUGUCACCAUCAACGCCCAGUACUUCCUCAAGAACGGCGGCCACUACAUGAUCUCCAUCAAGGCCAACUGCGUCGACUCGACCGCCGCGCCCGAGGCCGUCUUCGCCUCGGAGGUCUCCAAGCUCAAGGAGGCCAAGCUCAAGCCGCGUGAGCAGAUCCCGCUCGAGCCCUACGAGCGCGACCACGCUGUUGUCGUCGGUACCUACCGCCCCAAGAUGGUUUAACUUGACCGUGCACUCUCUCAUCUCAACAAAAGAAGUAGUAAUCGCCCUUUCCCUCCCCCUCAAACACACUACGCCGGCCCAAUAUGUGUCCGCGUCCCUGACGACGUCGGCCAUACCACCGAUACCCCGGACGUAGACCACUCUGCUA